AAUCAUCCAUCUCGAACAUGUUUGCUAGAAGAACGGGUAUAGCGACGCGGCUUUCGCAAACUUGGUCUGGGACAUGGCAAUGCUCUCAAGCUGUUCGGUCGGGUGUAAAGAGGGAAGCCGUUAUCAGUAAAAGCCCGGGCAACAUUCGAAGUUUGGCUACCAGAGCCUCUUAUCAUCGAGAACCGCACCCUUCUGUGCGACCCCGUAAUCUACUCGCAAUUUCGCUUGGUUUUGGUGCUGCUACUAUACUCUUCAUGUAUCUAAACGACACGAGGGCUGGUAUAUACCGCUGGUUCGCUAUGCCUAUGGUGCACGCCCUCCUGGACCCUGAAGAAUCACACAGGCUUGCGAUUUGGUUGGCAAAGCACGGUCUAGUGCCAAAGGAGCGUACUAAGGAUGAUGAUGUGCUUCAUACCGAGAUAUGGGGAAAGACCCUCUCGAAUCCUAUCGGAUUAGCCGCGGGAUUCGAUAAGAACGCUGAAGCUGUUGACGCGUUGUUCGACUUUGGCUUUGGCUUGGUGGAGAUUGGAAGUGUCACACCCUUGCCGCAGCCAGGGAAUCCAAAGCCGCGAAUGUUCCGUCUUCCCGCGGAUACAGCCGUGAUUAACCGCUACGGGUUCAACUCUGACGGCCAUCGGGCUGUUGAGGAUCGCUUGAAAGCCCGUAUACGCAAUUAUCUCCAUCACAAUCGACAUCUUCUAGGCCUGCAGCCAACGGAAGGGCUGGCGUAUCCGGUCACUCUUCCCGACUCUAGUCGAAAAUCGUUGCGCGAAGCCAAGAUGUUGGGUGUGAACUUGGGCAAGAACAAACUUUCAUCCGCCGAGUCCAAUGAGGAUUACAUACGCGGGGUGAAAGAUUUGGGAGCGUAUGCCGACUAUCUCGUCGUAAAUAUUAGCAGUCCGAAUACUCCAGGUCUCCGGGCUUUGCAACGAAGGGAGCCAAUAGAAAAGCUUAUGCAAGAGGUGCAAAGUGCACGCGACGAAUCGCUACCGCACCACCCGCCACUACUGGUAAAGAUUGCCCCUGAUCUAAAUGAUCAAGAGAUUGAAGAUAUUGCAGCCGUCGUUAAAAAUGUUGGAGUUGAUGGUGUCAUUAUCAGCAACACAACAGUAUCGAGACCACAAUCAUUGAGAAGUGGCCCUAAAGUUACUACUGAAACCGGCGGGUUAUCAGGACCACCUGUACAUCCUCUUUCUCUUGCUGUCGUUCGAAAAUUCUAUGCGUUGACCAAUGGCACCAUCCCGAUAAUCGGUUGCGGAGGAGUAAAAUCUGCAGAUGAGGUAUUAGCCUUUGCAAAAGCGGGUGCCAGCUUGGUCCAGCUUUAUACUGCUAUGGCGUAUGAGGGACCAGGACUUGUUGCGGAGAUUAAAGAUGAGGUAGCGAGAAAGCUGAAAAGAGAAGGGAAGAGAUGGCAGGACAUUGUUGGCGCUGAUCACAGGAAAUGAUGAAAAGUGUGAUCCGGGAUUGUCUGGAUUCACUGGCAUAUACUGGCAUAAUCUGCUUUAAAAAUUCGCUAUUAUAAUGAAGUCGCUAUCAUGCAUGAAA